AUGGGGAUCAAGGAUGCGUUUGGGAUGGAUGGAAUAAGAAAGCUCUUUAACGACGACUCAUUUGUGGCGAAUCCCCUGGGCAGGUCGCAGAUUGUGAAGUACAUUUCGUCGUCAAAUAUCAAGAAGCAGAUCCAAGGAGCAAGGAGUCUGGUGAGUCGGAUGCAGUGUGGAGAGGACCUUUUUGAGCUUUGCAACGACGUCAUCAAGGCGACCGACACCAGGGAUGUGGAGUUCAAGAGGAUGCUGAACCUUUACCUGGUAAGGUACACACAGGGAUGGCCGGCAAAGCAGCUGAUAUGCAUCAACACAAUGCUGAAGGACUUCGGGGACGAGAGCAGUGAGAUAAGACACUGUGCAAUUCAGGAUAGCGGGCUGUUGGGAGAUGGGGCAGUGAUAAAGAACUACAUCAAUCCUCUUAAGGAGCAUGGGACGAGUGGAUUGGCUGAAACAAGGCGGAAGGUUGCAGACUCGCUGCGCAACUACUUCCGGAGAGAUCCAAGGCUGUUCCAUGCAGAGGGUCUUUGUGACCUGCUGAAGGACCUGGUGUUUGACGAGGAUGCAGACGUGUGUGCAUCUGCGCUGAGCAGUGUCCGGGUUCUCGAGGAGGAAACAAGAGUCCUGUCUACUGAGGAGAUCCACAGGCUUCUUAGAGUUGGCAUCGAGUCUGGGAAUAGGGAGGUCCUUGGGAGUCUUUUGGAGGUGAUGAAGAACAGGGCGGAAGACUUUCCUGACCCUUCUCCGCUGCUCCAGCUGCUGAGGUCUUGUUGUCCACGAAUAUUCUAUCUUGCGUCCUCUCUGAUCAUUUCGAUUGAUCCCUCCUACAGGCAGACUGUAUUCGACCAUCUGCAGGGAUUCUUUGACUCGAGUGACGAGAAGCUGUAUCUUGUGCUUGAUUAUGCAGAGUCCCUCAUUGAACAUGUAAGCUACGACAACUCAUGCUUUGCCAUUUAUCACAACGAUAAGAGGUACAACAAGGUGAAGAAGCUCAGGCUGCUGUUCAGAAAGCUGGAUGCGGUUUCUAUGGAGGAAAUAAAAAGGCAGUGCAGGGACGGAGAGCUUCUUGGGACGAUUCUGCAGGAGUCUCUUAGAGCGGAUUACCUGAUAGAAGAGCCGUUUAAGGACGCCCAGAGGAUGGAUGAAGUGAUUCGGGUGCUCUAUGAUGCAGACUCGAUCGCCGAGAAGUGGAACGGACUGAUCAGGGAGUUUUUGGCAGGUGCAAGAGGAGUACAGGAAAGGCAGAAGUAUAUCUAUCUCUGCGGAAGAUAUGUCGACAAGAUUCCCUCUGAGGUUGUGAGCAUCCAGGACCUGAACAUCCCAUCUCUCACAAACGAGACCAUUAGGUUUUACCUUAAUCUUCACAGGCGGGGGGUGCUUUGCCUGGAGGAGACCCUAGAAUAUCUACGUAUGUUGCAGAAGACCUCCAAGGACAGGGUCAAGAUGGUGGCCAGUGAGCUGAAGGCGCGGGGGAUCCGGGUGUUUGGGGCGUUCUGUGACACCAAGAAAAGGGAUCUGAAUGGCACUUGCCCGGAAGAGCCUGCAGACACAGAGUGCAGCGAGAAUGUCAGCUCGAUACUUGACAUCAAGCCCUACUAUGAACUUGAAGAAGGUAAGCUCAUUGCCAACGACUUUGAAAAAGCCCAGUGCGAGCCAUCUGCUGGAGAACAGCCUCUGUCCAGAGGGUGCUUCUCCUCUGAGAGAGUGGGCGAGGAUGUCGACCGUGCCUCUCCUGUAGUUGAGGACAGUACAGCUUCUUCCGGGCACCCCCAACCCUCUGGCCUGUUCUUGAGGAGGGAGGAUGAGGAAAAUGUCUGGUUGCGGUUUGCCGAGAGCCAGCGAUCCACAGGCGACAGGAGGGCUUCUGAGGAGGAGUCCACAAGACUAAUAGAUACGGGCGGGCUGAAGGGGAUUCUCAGCAUUGCCGGCGACGAGGUUGUCCUUCAGGUCGAUGUGCUGGAACGCCCAUUGGUUAUUUAUUACAAAUGCAAAGGAAGGCUCAACAGCAUCAGGAUCGAUGCAGAGGAGACGUUUCCCCUCUUCACAGUAAACCUUCCGGUCAUCAACUCGAAAUUCAGGCUGACCAUAGGAAAGUCUGUCUACGAAAUCCACCUUGGCAUUAGGAGCUUGAUGAGGCCGUGCGAGUGCCAGAAAGAUGAAUUUGAGAAGAGGUUUAAGGAGCUCAGGGACUACAUCCUCUUGAAGGAGUUUAACAUGGAGAAGACCUAUGUUGUGGACAGCUACUCGUUCUCCUUUUCUGUCCUUGGAUCGAGAUUCUAUGGAAAGCACCUUGACGGCCAGGUGAUUCUGAAGGGCCCCAAGAGGCUGCUGGGACUCUUUUAA